GAAAAGUGCUUCUGUGCGCGCCGGCGGCGGCCGCAGCGCCUGCGAGCGGCGGCGGGACCCGCGGACAGGCUGACGGCUCCCAGCGCGGCCCCGGGUCCCGGAGCGGCCUGAGCAGCCGCGCCUGACCCCGGCCCGGCUCCCGCUCCGGGCUCAGCCGGCGGGCGGGCGAGCGCGGCGCGGCCCGGGCCGGGGGGAUGUCUCGGCGGACGCGCGGUGAGGAGCUGGAUGAGCUGCACUACCAGGAUACAGAUUCAGACGUGCCAGAGCAAAGGGACAGCAAGUGCAAGGUCAAAUGGACCCAUGAGGAGGACGAGCAGCUGAGGACCCUGGUGAGGCAGUUCGGGCAGCAAGACUGGAAGUUCCUGGCCAGCCACUUUCCUAACCGCACUGACCAGCAAUGCCAGUACCGGUGGCUGAGGGUCUUGAAUCCAGACCUUGUCAAGGGGCCAUGGACCAAAGAGGAGGACCAAAAGGUCAUUGAGCUGGUCAAAAAGUACGGCACGAAGCAGUGGACGCUGAUCGCCAAGCACCUAAAGGGCCGGCUGGGGAAGCAGUGCCGUGAGCGCUGGCACAACCAUCUCAACCCUGAGGUGAAGAAGUCCUGCUGGACCGAGGAAGAGGACCGCAUCAUCUGUGAGGCCCACAAGGUGCUGGGUAACCGCUGGGCCGAGAUUGCCAAGAUGCUGCCGGGGAGGACAGACAAUGCUGUGAAGAAUCACUGGAACUCCACCAUCAAAAGGAAGGUGGACACCGGUGGCUUCCUGAGUGAGUCCAAAGACUGCAAGCCCCCUGUGUACUUGCUGCUGGAGCUUGAGGACAAGGACAGCUUCCAGAGUGCCCGCCCUGUGGAAGACCAGGGAAGUCUCGUGACCAACUGGCCCUCAGCGCUUCCUGCCGUGAAGGAAGAGGAAAGCAGUGAGGAGGAGGCCAUGGCAGCCUCUACUUCUAAGGGGCAGGGAGCUGUCCCUGCAGACCUGGAUGGAGUGCGAACACCAGAGCCCUUGGAAGACUUCCCCAAGCGUGAAGACCAGGAGGGCUCCUCACCAGAAACCAGCCUGCCCUACAAGUGGGUGGUGGAGGCUGCAAACCUCCUCAUCCCUGCCGUGGAGUCCAGCCUCUCGGAAGCCCUGGACUUGAUCGAGUCGGACCCUGAUGCCUGGUGUGACCUGAGUAAAUUUGACCUGCCCGAGGAGCCGUCCGCAGAGGGCAGCAGCAGCAGCAGCCCAGUGCAGCCACAGCCAACACAGCAGCAGCAGCAGCAGCAGGCACUGCUGGCCCGCCAGCCUGCUGCCCUGGUGCCCAGUGUGACUGAGUACCGUCUGGACGGCCACACCAUCUCAGACCUGAGCCGGAGCAGCCGGGGCGAGCUGAUCCCCAUUUCUCCCAGCACUGAAGUGGGGGGCUUGGGCACUGGCACACCGCCCUCGGUGCUCAAGCGGCAGAAGAAGCGGCGUGUCGCCCUGUCCCCUGUCACGGAGAACAGCGCUAGCCUGUCCUUCAUGGACUCCUGUAACAGCCUCACCCCCAAGAGCACACCUGUCAAGACCCUGCCCUUCUCACCCUCCCAGUUUCUGAACUUCUGGAACAAACAGGACACACUGGAGCUGGAGAGCCCCUCGCUGACGUCCACCCCCGUGUGCAGCCAGAAGGUGGUCGUCACCACUCCACUGCACCGGGAUAAGACACCCCUGCACCAGAAGCAUGCUGCGUUUGUAACCCCAGAUCAGAAGUACUCCAUGGACAACACUCCUCACACGCCGACCCCAUUCAAGAAUGCCCUGGAGAAGUAUGGACCACUAAAGCCCCUGCCCCAGACCCCGCACCUGGAGGAGGACUUGAAGGAGGUGCUGCGUUCUGAGGCUGGCAUCGAACUCAUCAUUGAGGAUGAAGUGAGGCCUGAGAAGCAGAAGAGGAAGGCUGGGCUGCGGCGGAGCCCCAUCAAGAAGGUCCGCAAGUCCCUGGCUCUUGACAUCGUGGAUGAAGAUGUGAAGCUGGUGAUGUCCACGCUGCCCAAGGUGCUGUCCUUGCCGACAAAUGUCCUAUCAAGCUCCUCCAGCCUCUCCGUGCCAGGCAUCAAAGAGGAAAACAGCCUACUCAAUGAGGGCUUCCUGCAGGCUAAGCCCGAGAAGCACGUGGCGGCCCAGAAGUCCCGAAGCCACUUUCCAACACCUGCCCCUAUGACCAGCGCCUGGAAGAUGGUGGCCUGCGGGGGAACCAGGGACCAGCUCUUCAUGCAAGAAAAAGCCCGGCAGCUCCUGGGCCGCUUGAAGCCCAGCCACACAUCUCGGACCCUCAUCUUGUCCUGAGGGGCUUGGUGCUCAUUCUUAUGUUUACAGGGGGCUGGGGGAACCAAGGUCGGUCUGUGAAUUUGAGAAUCACACUCAGAUGACCACCUGCAGGGAGCCUUCUGCCACCAGCCCCUCCCUAGACUGCUCAGGUGGAGGCAGAGCAGGGCCCCCACUGUCCUGUCUCCGAGUCCAGCUGUGGCUGCGGGCGGUUCCUGGUGCUAACAGAACAAAAUCCCACCCCUGGGCCUGCCUGGUCCUCUCCCCAGUGCCACAGGGAGUCCCAGUAGCUUCUCCCAAGUCCUGGUCCUGCCUGGCCUCAUCUCAGACCCCUGCUUAGGACGGGGGUUGUGGCCAGCGUGCUGAUUCCCUCAACCUGUUAGUACAUUUUCUUGAAAGAAUAAAAUUGCCUUUUUCCUUG